AUGUGCGGCGGGAAUUUCCAAAGGCGCCUCAAGGAAUGUAGAAAGGCUCUUGAAAGCCUUGGGGCAGAACGUGAGUCCCCUGAGCAGCAAAGCCGAUAUCUGCUCGAAGUUGUAUCAAAGUUCCAGCGCAUCACAGAGAACGCUCUCCAUACCAAUUACGGGUCCCAGGAUUCUUUCGAUGAAUACCAUAGCUUAAGACUGGCAACUCUAGUGGCUAACCGAAAUGCGCAAUUUUCUGACGAAGUUUCCAACAAAGGGCAUGUAUACUGCUUCAAUGCUCAUGGCCAUGAUGACGACUCGGAAAAUGAUCCCAAAACAUCAGUGACCUCCCCACCAAGUUCUGUCGGCGCCCAAGUUGGGGAAGAUGAAGAUGAGGAGAAAGAAGCCUACGACGACAUCAAUUCUAUACCCAGAAGGAAAAUCGAUAUUUGCCACGACAUUGAGGACAUUUUGCAUGAUUGCGUUCAGAUAGAGUAUUCAAAAACACAAGGUAUACUCUCUUGGAUCGAAGAUCUCUAUCUAGAGUCUCGUGGAUUUGAGCUAGGAACAUUUAGCUCUUCGAUCCUUUCCACCGUCAUGAAGAAACAAUCUGCAAAAUGGCCUCCUCUAGCCGAAGGCUACAUCUGUGAUAUAAUAUCUAUCGUUCACAAUUUUAUCAGCACGGCCUUGAAGAUAUCCUGUCGCGAUCCCAUACUACACUCAAAUAUUCUCACGUUUUUGAUGGAUGGGCUAAUUGAGAGGUAUCGGAAAUCUCUUUCAAUGACGGACUUUCUCCUGAAAAUUGAGAGAGAGGGAACACCGAUGAGUCAAAACCAUUACUUAAAUAGCAAUUUACAGAAGGGUCGCCAGGAACGGAUUGCGUCUGCUGUUAAGAAGUCUUCAUUCUCUGUGGAUAUGCAUGAUGGCUCAAAAAGGGAUUGUUAUCAAGUUUCUGAUCUUGUGAGAAUUCACCACAUGAGUAAUUCUAAGCAGACGGUCGAGGAUAUCCAUGACAUUUUGAAAUCAUACUACAAGGUCGCACGAAAAAGAUUUGUUGAAAAUGUGUGCAUGCAGGCGGCGGACUUUCAUCUGGUCACUGGACCCGAGGCCCCGAUGAAUAUCUUCUCGCCAUCUUGGGUCUAUUGCCUUUCUCCUGAUCAAUUGGAACAUAUAGCCGGGGAGGAACUGUCCAUUCGGAGGAGGCGUCACAGAUUGCAGAAGGAGACUCAAGAUCUCGAGGCUGGACGAAAAAUCCUGCUUUAA